AUGUUCCCUGGACUACCCGAAGGGUUAAAGUUCAUCGCUGAGUAUUGCUUAGCCUCUCUGACUUACCAUCACGCAUACAUGAUACGUGCGAUAUUGCCGAAGCAUCCCGUUCUCGAGACGCCACUGUUUCCAGAUCCAGCCCUGCUCUCAUCGCUUGCUGAGCGAGUGCAGUCAGGUGACGGGAGCUCCGAAGCUCGCAUUCGUCCAACUGGUGUGCCGCCACACGUGUCGAUUUUAUGCGAGAUGAAGUGGCUGAAGGAAAAUUUGGUCGGUGCCCUUACCGCAAGUAUACCUCGACUGUGCUGA